UUUCACUCCAUAACUCAGCCUUAAUAAUAUUUAAUCACAACACUAUUUCCCUACCCAACGUGCUCAGUGAAUUGCCUCUUUAUCAUUCGAUAAGGAGUUAGUUUCUUACAACAACCGCCCCGACUUUACAACGCGAACUAAACACACCACCGACAAUCCCUCAAUUCUCUUCCACCGCAUCAAUCACCAUGUCAGGUCCAAAUCUACACAACGCCCUCCUCCGGCCACCCAUUAUCCAGAUCCUCCGCGCAGCCGGCUUCCACGCAACCCGCCCCUCAGUCCUAGACACUAUCGCAGACCUCACAGCCCGUUACAUGAUGAUUCUCGCCUCCUCCGCAACCACCCACGCCGCGAACGCCCACCCACACGACCCCGUUCCCACUCUUGAAGACAUCUAUCAAGCUCUCCAAGACGCGGGCGCACUACGACCACAACUCCGAGACUGGGAAGAAGACUGGGCCGGCGAGGAAGACAUACGCGGCCUGGAAGGGUUUCUGGGAUGGUUCACGGGCCCGACCAACCGGGAGAUUCGACGGAUCGCGGGAUUCCUACCUACGGAGGGCGACGUCGUGGACACGGAUUUCCUGGAGAAAGAGGACUAUCUUACGGUCUUGAAGAAGAAGCAUAGUAAGACGGGGGAGGAGUCGAGGUAUGCCGGUACUGUGUUGGGGAAGAAUGCUGAGGAGCAUCCGAUCGUGAUUGAGGGCGGCGCUCCGAGUAUUCAGGAAUGGGGGUCGCAGGUGCGGUCGCGUGCGCCGUAUUUCGCGGAGAGUGAUUCGUCUGGGGUUAGUAGUGCGCCGAGCAACUUGUCUGAUGGAGAGGGGAUGGAUGUGUGAGGAGAGCUAGGUUAGGGGAGGAUUCUUUUCUCUUUUACCGAUUGUCGUCUACGGAUGAUCACGGGCGCAAUUAAUGGCGGAAGGCCCAUUAUAUUGGAGGCACUUUUGGAGACUCUGACUCCAUACAUACGCUCACACUUGGGUCGCCGUGACUAUAAGGACAAGAAAGUCUGGGAAAUUAACCCACUGUUCUUGCCAGCAUCGAUGACCGAUCGCCGGCCUGCUCGACUGGGUAUUCUUGAGCCCAAUAUCGAUAUCCAGCCAAUCCGCUCGACACUCGAAGGAGUGGGCGCGAAACAGCUCCGGGGACAGCGGAUGUCGACUUAUACAUCCAUGCAGGAUAAUUUUGUGUUACUCUAACGAAAGGGUAUGAGGCUGGGUGCUAUUAGAAGAGUGGAUGGGCGGGCUAAUCGGGGAUCUACCACUCAAUGCAGCCAUUAAUCUAUAACUAUAGAUACGAUUGAGCGAGACAAAGCAAAAGAGUCACAAUUUGACACCAAAAA